UGGCGAUGUAACCCCCAGCCAGCGCGUAAUCGACGGCGGCCAUUGGUCAUGAACGCCCUGUGUCUGUGCGGCUGUCUGAGUUGUUCAAGCAAUCUUGAGCAGCUAGUGCGAUGCCAUCGAACCGUCCGAGGGUAUCCUCAAAACCCAUAUUAUAUGAACGGGGUACUAAUGUCAGAAGGAAGUUCGUUUGAUCCAUACAUCAACCUUUUCCCCCGAUCGGGUUCUCUCGGUGUGCCCUAGAAAAGCUUAGUUCUUUCAGCUAUAUCGACGGUGAGCUUCAGAAGUCCGAUAUCUCGGCAAUUAUGCAGCGCUCCCCAUAUUUCAACGAUGAAUAUACUGUCGGAUGGAUUUCCGGUUCUAGCGAAGAACUUGUUGUCGCUAUGGCCAUGCUAGACGAGGAACACGGAACCCCCCAGGCCAUCCCCGAAGAAGACACGAGUUCGUAUCAUUUAGGCAGCAUCGGUGAUCACAAAAUUGCGAUGACUUGUCUACCAGCAGGACAAAUAGACAUGGCUCCUUCUGUUAUCGCAGCUGAAAAUAUGCGACGGACAUUCACAAACUUGAAAGUAACUCUUUCCGUCAGCACGGGCGGCGGGGUCCCAGGUGCGAAGAAGGACAUUCGUUCAGGUGACGUCGUGGUCGGUUAUCCGAACGGAAUCUAUCCUGGGGUGGUUCAAUUCGACUAUGGCAAAUUGAAAGGUGGCGGGCUGAUAGAGCGGAAAGAGUGGUUGUGUGCACCACAUCGAAAAUUUGUGGGUGCUAUCGACAUCCUGAGGGCGUACCACUCCCGACCGAAAAAUCCCGUCAACAACAUGUUGGCGAUUAUCAAGGGGUUAGGAACGGCAUAUCAGUAUCCUCCUGAGGGCGAUGCCACCGAUCUAUUGUAUAGAGCGGACUAUGAGCAUGCUUCCUCUGGUGAGCUCUGUGACGAAUGCGAUAAAGAAGCACUAGUGUUCAGGAAUUCGCGACAUUUUCCAUCGAAGCCAAAAGUGCACUAUGGUAACAUUGCAUCUGGAAGCAUGACAAUCAUGAGUGGAGUUGAAAGAGACAAGAUCAACCGGCGCUAUGAUGAUUCCGUUCUUUGCUUGGAUACACAGGCGGCCGGACUCUCCUACAGCCUCGAAUGUAUUGCUAUCCGAGGGAUAAGUGAUUACUCAGACUCGCACGCAAAUGACCAAUGGCGGAAGCGCGCGAUGGCCGUUGCCUCAGCAUAUGCUAAGGAGCUUCUAUCAUUGAUGUAGCCUUACAAAGUGGAAUCUUCCCUUCCUGUAGAGCCCUGGUUACUCCUCGAUCGCGGAAUUUCGCAAAGCAUGCCACGAAGGAUUGCCCAGAGACCCUAUGACCAAUAUUGUAUGAAUGUUGAAGGUAUCAAUCUCCCCUUGACGCGUUUCUUAUACCUUCUGCUAAUGCUUGCGCAGCUUCACCGGCAGACCAACUUCGAGCCCUGUUGUUGCAGUUCGAGAUAUGGUUAAAGAUUAUCAAAAUGGGAAAUAUCUAACCGUUGUUCGUCAACAAAAGUUCGAGCUCUCAAAACUGAAUUGUCAUCGGUGUAAGCAACUCAAUUAUCCCGAAAAUGUGCUUCGUAUUUGCGUCAGCUCUAGUCACUAUUCCAUGCAGCUGCGGGCCAAUUCCGCGGGCGGCUUUUCGAUGUGCGUUCAUAAAGCGGGCCGAUUCAUAAAACCAGGUACAUAGUACUGAUUAGAGUUUCUCGGGAUAUUUUGAGUCUCUCGGGCCGGAUGAACUAAGCCAGAUGCGGUAACUUUUGCC